AUGUCUUCAUCAUCAUCAUCAUCAUCAGCCACCGAUACUAACACGAAGACGGUGGCAGUGGCUUCGUCGUUGCCGGCAGUGGAGUCUGUCACGUGCGAUACGUGCGGUUUCGCUGAGGAGUGCACGCCUGCUUACAUCCACCGCGUCAAGGAACGGCACAAGGGACUCUGGCUUUGUGGGCUCUGCGCGGAGGCGGUUAAGGACGAGGUGGUUCGAUCUCCGACUCGAAUCUCCGUCGAGGAAGCUCUCCGCCGCCACACGACGUUUUGCCGCCGUUUCCGUUCUUGGAGUCCCGACGAGGAGGAAGAUCCGAUUUCCGUCAUUGGUAGGAUCCUACGGCGGAGCCUCGACAGUUCUCCACGAAGAACCACCACCAGGACGAACUCGAGCGGGGCUUUGCCGGGGAUCGAGGGCGUAGAGUCACGACGGUCGCUUCUCCGAUCCGGGAGCUGUUUCCCGUCUCUCUCUACUUGA